GACAUGAGACGGCAUCAAACUUCAAACGGUGGUGGUGUAAGAAGAAGCCAUGGAUUCCAAGAAGUCCAACAAGAUCACGGAAAUUGUUAGGCUUCAGCAGAUCCUAAAGAAAUGGAGAAAGCUGGCCAACUCAUCAAAAGCCAAAGCCAACACCAACACCAACACCAGCAAUGGGAGCAGUAAAAGUAUCAAGUUUCUGAGACGGACGCUCUCUUUAUCGGAGACCUCCUCACAAUCAACCCCAAGCAACGCCGUCCCAAAGGGCUACCUAGCCAUUUGCGUAGGAGAAGAGCUCAAGAGAUUCAUAAUCCCAACGGAGUAUUUGGGUCACCCUGCAUUUCACUUCUUAUUAAGAGAAGCUGAAGAAGAAUUCGGCUUUCAGCAGACAGGUGUUCUAAGAAUUCCUUGUGAAGUAGCUGUUUUCGAGAGUAUCUUGAAGCUGGUAGAAGAAAACAAAGACGUGUAUUUCACACAGGACAGUGUAGGAUUGGCACAUUGCUCUUCCAAAAACCACCAAACUCCCUCUCACCAUCCUCAAAGCCCCAUGUGCAGAUAGUUCAUUUCCUCCCAUUUUUCUCUUCCCUUGACCUCAUUUCACUUGUUUUUUCCAAUUU